CUCGGUGAUGGGGGUCUCCUGGGCAGCCCUGGGGGUCUGCUCGGCAGAGGGGGGCUGCUGGGGGACAGGGGUCUGCUCGGCGUCCUCGGUGACAGCGGCCUGCUCAGCACCGUGCAGGGCCUCACCGGGCUGAGGGUGGUGGAGCUGACACUGCCCCGGGUCUCCCUGCGGCUCCUGCCCGGCAUCGGCCUCCACCUCAACCUCUACACGCGGGUGGCCCUCAACGGCAAGUGCCUUCUGGGUCUGCUGGACGUCGCGGCCGAGGUGAACGUCACGGCGAGGGCCAGGCUGACCAUGGACCACACCGGCUGCCCCGGGCUGGUGACGGAGACGUGCAACACCCUCCUGGGUGGUGUCAAAGUCAGGCUCCUGCGAGACCUGCUCCCGAUCGCGGAUCAUUUACUGGCGCGUGUCCUGAACGGGCUUCUCCCUGACCUGCUCUGCCCUGUGGUCGAUGUCGCCCUGGGACUCAUCAAUGACCAACUGGGCCUGGUGAACUCACUGGUGCCACUGGGCGUGCUGGGCAGUGUCCAGUACACCGUGUCCAGCCUUCCCCUGGUCACCGGCCAGUUCCUGCAGCUGGACCUCAACGCCAUUGUCGGGAGGGUGGCGGGGGGCCUGGUGGGCUUCCCGCUGGGAAGGCCCGAAACCGACCCCGUGCCACCUGGGGUCCCUGUGCCUCCCCUGCCUCCCAUGGCGGACACCAGCGCCUCCCAGCUCGGCCUCUCCAGCAACUUCCUGAGCCUGGAGCUGUCGGCGCUGGAGGCGGAGGAGGCCUUGGACAUGGACAUCACCAUGGGCAUGUUCCCUGAGAUCCCCCCACUGACAACGCAGAUUCUUGGAGCUCAGGUCCCUGCGGAUGCCGCGCACGUCUGGCGGCGCCCCUCCAACAAAUCCACUGAUUUCAUUUGA